AUGCCUCCUACCAAUCCCUCUCGUACUCUCCUGACCGCGCCGCUCNCCCGUCGCUGCCAUACCGUCGUUGCCCUCUCGCACGCCGCCGCUGCUCGACGAGAUUCGUCGACGUCAUCACCACUACGGUAUCGCUUUGACACACGACCAGCGACGACAGCAGCAGCAAGACAGGAGAAUAUCCUCUCGACGACCGAAUCCGAGCCGUACAGCAAACGCCGCUUCUAUGAGCUGGUAAAACUAUAUCAUCCCGAUUCUGGCGCCUGCGAGAAGCACCAUCAUCACCAUAGCGUACCACAACCAUUGCGCCUAGAACGAUAUCGCCUGGUCGUAGCCGCCCAUACCAUUCUCUCGGAUCCGGACAAACGCAAGAUGUACGACCGCUUCGGCGCCGGAUGGAGUGGUGUGCCCAGUACAGUGGGCGGUAAACCUGGAGCCGGGACACCUGCAGGUCCUUUCAGCGGCUGGCGCCACCAUGCAGACUCGGACAUCUGGGGAAAUGCCACAUGGGAGGACUGGGAGCGUUUCUACGCUCGUCGAGAUGGUGUGGCUCAACAACCACGAUAUCUCUCCAAUGGCAACUUCAUCCUAUGCGUCAUCUUGCUCGCAAUGAUAGGGGCCUCGCUGAAUAUAAGCCGAGCAGAGUCCGAGGGUGACAAGGUCGUGGCAGCAAGGGAUCUGGUUCACGAUCGCGCGAGUAAGGAACUCAGGCGUGUGCGUCAGCUAUCCGAGAACAGACCCAAGGAAGAGCGUAUCCAGUUUUUCCUCAGGCAAAGAGAGGCUACUAUGCAUGGCGUUGGCGUUGAGAGCUUGAGGGACGACAAGGUAGCCAAGUUGUUGCCCGAGCAGGAGACUUGCCUGAGCGAAGAGCUACGGAAUGGCGGAAGCGAAUCAUGA